AUCCAGCGCAGCGCAUUACUAUGGCUAUGUGAUUUUUCAUAGUCUUUUAUGACUAUGCAAUGUGUGAUAGAAAAAUAAAACAUUCCUAAUGUAUGCCCACAUUUAUUCUUCAGCGAAUUGGACACUUGUAGUUUUGAUUUCUGUGCAAUUGAUGACAUGCGAAUGUUAAUUAUUAGGUGAAUUGACUAAAAAUAUGAUGUGCAAAUAAAAAAGAAACAAUGAUGUACUUAAUUUAUUAUUCGAAUCGCUUAUAUAGCGCUGUGUAAACAAAAACGUUGGCAUUUCCUGGAAGGCACCUUAAAUAUUUCACACCAAAGUGAAAUAAUUGUCCAAGCCUAAUUUCCAUGUAGCAGCAGAACUAGAAUAAAGCAAAUUAAUCUAAACUUCAAUAGGGUGGUCAACCUUGAACCCGGUAAAAUAGGCCAAUUGUGGUGACGUAGCAGUGACUGAUUCGGCAGAGAUGCGCCAGAUUGUUCAAACGAUAGUUUAUCGGGCUUCCUAAAAGUUUGCGAGGCAGCAGUUACAUUCGCCGUGUCUAAAAAAUAAGCAAAAAUGGCUGAGAGUCACAAUGAGUAUAUGAGGAAUUUCGAAAAUAUUUUAGAACCCGGAAAGGAGCCGGUUAUGACCAAAGAAUACAACCCCUUGCUGGCAUUUAAACUAAAUAAUAUUCUAGAUCCACAAGAGCUGAAGAGUCAUGUAUUGCGUGGCGAAAAAAUGCAACAGCUGAUAUACCAUUAUGCUCAGAAACACAAUUGUCCGCCCAAAAGGAUGGAGCAACAGGUACGUGACAUUUUAGAUGAAAUUGGUUUGGAUCGCAACUUGGCUAUAAUACGCUGGUGUGGUAUAGCAAUAACAGCAAUUGGCAAGCGCAUUUGCAAAGGCAUCUACGUAAAUAAGGCCAGCAUGGAUCACAUUAAGCAGGGUUUGGGAAAGAAUCCUGUGUUGUAUUUGCCAAGCCAUCGCAGCUACAUGGAUUUCAUACUGAUGUCCUACAUAUGUUUCCAUUAUGACAUUGAAAUACCUGGAAUAGCAGCUGGCAUGGAUUUUCAUUCUAUGUUUGCUAUGGGCACAAUGCUAAGAAAAACUGGUGCUUUUUUCAUGCGUAGAUCUUUUUCGAAUGAUGAACUAUACUGGGAUGUAUUUCGUGAAUAUAUGUAUGCAUUGGUGGGAGUCUAUCACAUAGGUGUGGAGUUCUUUAUUGAAGGCACGCGCAGUCGAAACUUUAAAUCGCUGGUUCCCAAGGUGGGCCUAUUGUCUAUGGCUCUGUUGCCAUUUUUCAGUGGCGAGGUUUCGGAUAUAACCAUAGUUCCAGUAAGUGUGUCCUAUGAACGCGUCUUGGAAGAGCAGUUAUUCGUUUAUGAACUUUUGGGUGUUCCCAAGCCCAAGGAAUCUACCAAGGGGUUCUUUAAGGCCCUCAAAAUCAUUGAUGAACGAUUUGGCAAAAUGUAUUUGGACUUUGGCCAACCAAUUUCGGUGAGGGAAUUCCUUGGCGAGCAGGGCACAGCCAGCAGACUGAAAAGAUCCACAUUGGGAGCCCAUUUGCAGAAGUUAAAUAAAAUGGAAAUUGAAUUGGUGAAAAACCUGGCAACAGAGAUAAUCUAUCAACAACAAAGACGCAUAGUUAUAACGACAUUUAAUCUCAUUAGUCUAUAUUUUGCUAGUCAAUAUUAUGUUGAUGCUUCGGUUAACAUUGAUGAAAUCUCACGCGGCAUUGUGUCGCUUAGGAAUAUGUUCGAAGUGCUUGGAGCCCACAUGGCAACGGAUGUCAAUAGUAUUAAGCAUGAAAUUAUCGAAACUGUCGAAAUACAUUCGAAUAUUGUUAAUUUCAAGCAAGCUCUUCUCGAGUUCACUCAAGUACCAGUUGAUCAAUUGGCUCAGGAAAUUGAUGUUAGCCGCCUAAAGGCCCACGCGCUAACACCUCAAACAAUGGCUGUGGCAGUGCCCAGCAUGGCACUACAAUUAUAUAUAAAUCCCUGUCUAUUUUGGCUUGCCCGUCCUGGAUAUUUAAUAAUGGCAGCAAUGCAAUUGCAAAAAGAUCAAGAAACCUCCAAGAGGCAAGGAGCCGUCGAUGGCUCAUAUAAAGAAACCAUUGGAUAUUUAUCAAAACAAGUGCAGAAGCUUGAUGAGAUUUUUAAACAUGAAUUCAUCAUUGCGUCUAAUAAUCGUGAAAUUGAGGAAUUUGAACAAAAUUUAAAAUUGUUAGAAAAUUAUGGAGUGCUGGACAUUUCAAAAACGGGUACAAUAACAGUUAAACAUAAUGAAUGUAGUCGAAGUGUACUUGCAGCUUUGGCCCCAUUUUUAUGCCUCUAUUAUCAACUAGCAGUUACCCUCAACAAACUUUCCGCCGAAAGUCUAGAAGAAUUUUCUUCCAAAACAAUUUUGGUAAGAGUACAAAAGCGUAUAGAAUCUAUGUUACUCGAGAACUCCAACAAUUUGCAUGUCCAUCCCUAUUGUUUGGCCCUGGAUAAUUUAAAUAUAGCAUUACACUCUCUGGUGCAGAGCUCCUAUUUGAUAAGGAAUCGUGAGACGGGCAACUUUAAACUCUCCGGCAACAAAUCACUUGCUGAUUUGGAGAUGCUUUUGCUGGAGCUCUGCAAUUUAAUGCCCUUUCAGCAAUAUUGCCAUAAUAGAAUUUUCUCAAAGUUAUAACUUUCAGCCGAUACCAAGAAAAAUACACCUAGCACAUUUGUCCACAAUGUGCAAAGGUCCAUCCAUUCAUUGCUCACCUAUUUACGCAUUUUAGGUACCAUUGUAGUCAUUGUUACGAUAAUGCCGUUAUUACAUUUCUUUUUGAAAUAUUUUAAUUUAGAAUAAGUUCAAGUCGAGGUGUUUCUUUUUGUUUUGUAAUUUAAUAAUUUAAAAGUACAUAGGUAAUACAAAUAAUUUAAGUAUUGUGUAUCAUUCCUUCAGUGUGCAAAUUUUUAUUUAUAUAUUUAAGCUAUAGCCUGUCAAUGCUUUUAAUAUGCCAUAUAAAGUCUAUAUAAUGUCAUUCAUUUUUCACCUGCAUCCAUCCAUUUCAAGAUCUUUUCAUAUUCAUCGGUGUAGCUGAGAAUAAUAGUGAUUGAUUUCCAUUUGGGAAACUAAGCCAUAUUGGAAACCUGCCAUAGUAUUCUUGCCAAUACAAACAAAAAAAAAGACAACAAAAUUCCCCUGAUAUUUUUGAUAUUUAAGUAAGUGUGUGCAAUAUAUUUAAAAAAAAGUAGCGAAAGUGAAUAUUUCACUAUUAUACUGACAGCUACGCGUAUUAUUUUGGAAAAAUACCUACCCCUAUAUGCAAAAAUAUUAUUAUUAAGAUGUGUUUUGUGUUUAUCACAUUGUUUAUAAAUAAUUUGUUCUUAAUUUAUGUGUUUUAAUUAGAAAAAUAAAAUAGAAAAACAAAAACCAAACAAAUGGCCA